CUAGAAAACUUCUCCAGCGAUCAGUUACAGCGAUAUGAAGGGUACAGACGAUCCGCACUGAAUCGGACAAACGUCCGCAGGCUGGUAAGCCAGGUGCUGAAUCAGCAGUGCUCGCAGACGAUGGCGAUUGUCGUUGCCGGUUUUUCAAAAGUAUACGUUGGAGAAAUAGUAGAAAAAGCACGGGAGGUGAUGGAAGAAUGGGGCCACACUGGUGCAAUCCGACCCGAGCACUUACGCGAAGCACAUCGACGGUACAAGCACGAA